AUGGCAAACCUACACCUCGAAUCUAAGAAGACAGUAUCCCCGACCAGCCCGAUGAAGAUGGCAUCCCCGACCAGCCCGAAGAAGACUUCCUGGCUGAAAAAAUUGAGACAUCCAUCAAGAAACGAAGAGGGUACUGUCUUGCACGCAGUGCCAUCUUGUGUGUCUGCGCGCACCAUUUCAGCUCUGGACAUUGCCAUGGCUGUCUCUCCUAACGAGGAGAUCCUUCAAGCUAUUGGAAAACAGAGUCCAUUCGACUCAGGCUCUCCUGUCUCUCCGUUUAACAACUGCAUGCUAGGGUCUGGCAGUCCAAUUCAUGGAGCAUUUGAUAGCAGAAUUGGAGUCUGGCGUGACGGCGUAGCUCUUUGGGACGUGGAUACGAGAGCCAAGCGGAAGUCAGAGUCAACACAUCAGAUCACGCCUACCAAGUCAUUGCCACCCAAGGCAGACAAAGCAUCCCGACCUCGACUAUCCGUAAGGAUCCCAGGCAGUAAAUUACGACAAAUAUUGGGAGAGGAAGCACAUAUACCGCCUCAGCCGUUUAAGCGUGUCCGCAUCAGCCCAACCACAUCGACAUCGCAAACCACGAGCUUUGAUCGAGGCUCCAUCCAUCCAGCUUUCCGCACGCCGAGCUCUGCGGCAGAAACACAGAACGGCGAGGUCAGAUCUGUGUCAGGUCACGACAAUAGUAGGUCUUCUGUCUCGAGCAAUACAGUCUUCCAGGAUGACCUUUUCGACAUCGUUUCCUGCUACACCAGACAUUCGUCGAUGACAAGUGUAGAAGCAGAGUCCCCAAACGGGGCUGUACAAAACCCACACUGGAAUUACUUGGAUGUGCCCAAGCGAUCUGCAAGUGCCGCUUUCUCGAUCACUGAUCCUGUCAAGGCAGGCAUAUUUGAUGAUGCCACAGGAGAUGGCUGUGCCCCUCGUUCUACUUCUGGGUCCCAGUACCUCCAGGUCGCCAGUCAUCUGACUCAUCGAGCUCCAAGCCCUACAUUGAGCGAAGCUGUUUAUGAUCUGCAGAAACAGCUAAGUACGAUCACUGAAGGACUCUCAGCAACACCAACAGAUAGUGGUGCUGUUCACAAAACGACUGACCACGACACUGCCACCAACAACGUCACUCGAGCACCUACCUUGCCCAAGAAGUCUCGUAAACGCCAGUGGCUCCAACCGGCUCAGCCGACUUUGACCCAAUCCAUACCCACAGGAACAGACGUGCCCGUACGUUGCCAGUCAGUACAAUACAGGAAGCAACAAGAUCUUGACAACAACGGAGACGAUAUUCGCAGAGCCUCGAGUGUCCGAUGCUCACUGUCGGCUGAUAUCGAAUCUAUGUGGCUGUCAUGGAGUGCGUCAUCCUCAAGAUCUCCAGCUUUGGCAUUCGAUCAAGAGGCUGUGUGUCUGAGGAUCAUGAGCCAUGCGGCGUCUUUCGAUGAUCUGAGGUCUUUAUCGACGGUCAACAAGACCACGAAAAGAUACUCUGAAGACAACAAACUUAGACUCUUGAAGUCAGUGCUCUUCAACGUGUCGCCGCCAGCCUGGGAGUUGCGGGAGCUCUCGCCCUUUCCUUUCGGCAACUUCAUGCCGACAGACUUCCUCGAGAAUACAGAGAUCUCCCCUUCUGCCUACAUGUCAUGUGUCAAACAUGAUCGCGCGAUCGUCCAGGAACUCAAGUCUGUUAUUGCUACCAAGUGUCAAUCAUUCAUUCGUCCUGAGACCAUUUCUAGUCUUAUGACUGCAGGUUCUACAAGAUUUGAAGAUGCGCUGUACCGUAUAUGGUCUUUCUGCAAGAUGUUCGGUUGUGAUAGAGGCCGGGAGAAUGAUCUUAAAGGUCAGGUCGACUGGCUCAAAGGCGGGAAACUGGCACAUCAAAAAGGCUGUGCUGCAAAUCUGAGUUUCAGCCCUGAAUUUGAGAUCGAUGGGAUCUUGCUCAACGCUCCAGAUCACUUCGCUGCUGGAAAUGGCUGCGGAUUGUCUGCCGAACAGCUGUAUGACAUGUCAGAGAUGUGGCAGUGCCUUCACGCUCUGAUCCGACCUUACGAAGAGGUCACGGGUAAAGCACAAAGCUGUGGCAUCUUCCGUCGUACAGGCGCAGGCUUGACAGAUCCAAUCCUGCAAGGCCGUGUCAUUGAAGAAUGGGUAGCUUACGUUCUAUCUCUCGGACCAUCUGUUGUUCUAGAACUCACAAGAUUUGAUGACACGAGUGCCGGCCUGGACUUUGCUCAGUUGAACGACUGGACUAACUGGAUUCCUCCACAGUCUGGUAUGACUCGUCGAAUGUUCUUCCGAGAACCUGUUUCACAGCUUUACGAAGAACGACUCCUUGCUUCCACUGCUGGUACGCAGACCAAGGAUGUCACCAAGACGUUACUCCGAAAGCGUCAAACAGCAGAGAUGAAUCUUGUUUACCGACAGAUGUCUCUGAGCAGAAAGGCUGGACAGACACCAUGUGCGUUACGUCGUCACGACAGUGCACUCGCACCAGAAGUACACAAGAGACCGGCCACAAGAAGAUCUUCGUCACCAGCUUCUCCCAGAUCUCCUUCCUCAAAUCUUACAGAUAAUCGCAAAAGGCAGCCUGGGUCUUGGUCGCCAAGAAAAGUGAGCCCAGUCAUCGAAGACAGGGUUGACACAUUCAACAGAUUGAGCAUGCUGAGCUUUGAGGGGUUAGCCGAAGACACAAGUACAUUGGCCAUCAAUAAGAUCAUGGAUAUAGGGUUCUCGAAUGCACAGGCAAGGGAAGCACUACGGAUCACGGACAUGGGUAGUGGCUUGAGAGUGGAUCGGGCUGUAGACUGGCUGUUAAGGCAGAACCGUUUCUAG